AGAUCCCAGAGCGAGAGCACAGACUGCAGAUCCCAGAGCGAGAGCACAGACUGCAGAUCCCAGAGCGAGAGCACAGACUGCAGAUCCCAGAGCGAGAGCACAGACUGCAGAUCCCAGAGAGAGAGCACAGACUGCAGAUCCCAGAGCGAGAGCACAGACUGCAGAUCCCAGAGCGAGAGCACAGACUGCAGAUCCCAGACAGGAGCGCCCCCUGCUGAUUACCAAUGAGGCUGUCGGUGCUCGUCCUGCUGCUGCUGUCGGUGGCUUUGGCUCAGGCUCAGUUGUGGAAAAGGUUUAUGGACAGAGGCCGACAGGUUAAGAACAAUGUCAGGGACGCUGCCAGAUUCUCCAAGCAGGCCGUCCAAGGAUCGCGGGACAUGGCUCGGGCCUAUAAAGAUAUGAGAGAAGCCAACUUCAAGAACUCCGACAAAUAUUUCCAUGCCCGGGGGAAUUACGACGCCGCAAAUAGAGGAAAGGGCGGAGCCUGGGCGGCCAGGGUCAUAAGCAACGCCAGAGAACGGGUCCAGACCAUUGGCGGCAGGAACCUUGCGGACAGCGCUGCCGAUCAGAGGGCAAACAAGUGGGGGCGCAGCGGCAAGGACCCCAAUCACUUCAGGCCUAAAGGUCUCCCCAGAAAGUACUAGACCCGCCUGGGGCAAUGAUGGCGUCAACAAGAACAACCGGCUGCAGCGUCGCCUUAUGUAAAUACACUGUAUUUGUUUCGCAAUAAAGAUUGUUUUUCUACAUUUACAUAUCCUGGUUUAUAUACUGUAGCUUUAUGUUGCUUUUAUGUCAUUAUAAUUGUGCGUUGUCUCAUUUAUUUAACACAAUAAACUGUGGAAAUCUAAUGACGCACAUG